AUGGUGACAAGACAUCUCUCGUCUUGGUGGUUAUUGUUGUGCUCCGAACAAUUAUCUCGGGCCAGUGAUGCCGGACGGGAGUGGGUGCAAGGACGGUUGGCGCGGAGUCUAGGGCCGGGAGGUCGAGUUCUGUGCGUCCAAGACCGCUGUAAUUCACUACAAUGCGUGUUAGAGUCGGCUGACAGCAUAGCACGCGCUGGCGAUCCCAUGUGGGCGUAUGCAAGAGUGCCCUCAAGAUCCGAACCGAACAGCAAGCCGAUUCACGGCUGCAUAAGCAUGGGCUUCCUCUUCCAGCGGGGCGCAGGGACGGGGGUGCAGCAAAACCUGCACCGUGGAACCGGGAACGACGAUACGGGUCUGGAUGUACCUUGGUGCUACGACGGGUUCCGCACGCCUCCUUAG